AUGUACACGCUCGAUGACUACUCCUUCCAGUAUUCGCGGGCCCCCGAGUCCAGCGACAUUCCGGAAGGAUAUUUCCACAUUCUCCCAUUCCGCAUCCCACCAGCCGUGGAGGGGAUGGAAGCCAUCGAACAGGCCAAGGCCGACUUUGGUCGAGCCCGGCGUUCGCCCAGCUUCUUCGUUUUGCAACCAUCCUUUCUCUCUGGGAUGCACCAAGCACUAGUGGAUGACUAUGCACUGGCGAUUGUGUCUAAGAUGAAGCUCAAAAGCCCCAUAUCAUGCGAGUUUGAGAUGAACAAGCUCUAUUUCGACACACUUAUCAAAUUACUGGAAGAUCAUGGCCCGGGGGAGGGCGAGUUUGAAACAACUCUGCAGUCGUUUGUGCAGUGCCUGCGAUCCCAAACUGUGCCCCCUCUCAACGAGGUGACAUUCGAAGCUUAUAAAGACCAACGGACAAUCAGUGUUGCCUGGCACAUGGUGUUCGCCUUUGCGCCCAUCAUACACAACCUACGCAUUAGCAAAAGCGACCAAGCGUCGGUCGCCUCAAUGAGGGAUCUUUGUAGCCUGAUAAUUGGGUUGACGAACGACUUGGAGAGUUUCAACAAGGAGUUCGACGAGCAUUCCGGCAGUGGCAGCCUCGACGUGAUUCACAAUGCGAUGGCCGUGUUGAUGGCUAACUAUGGGUACACUGAAGACGAGGCGCGCAACAUCCUAAAGAGCGAAAUACUAUCCCUUGAGCGACGGCUUCUCGCUGACUACGAGGCGUGGAAAGCCUCCCCGUCCUACAAGUCAGAUGACAUGCGUCGCUUCAUGGCUCUCUGUAUCCUGGCCACCGGGGGUGGCUGUUAUGCGCAGAGCAUAUUGACCAAGUAUCAUGGAGUCAAGCUGAGUACGACUGCGGAAGACAGAGCGCAGCUUGUGGGCCGGAGUAGGAACAGUUGGAGACUCCAUGGGUAUCCUCCACCCGCGUCGCUUAAGCAGCAGAAUCCUCAGGCGACACUCUGCAGAGAGCCUGGCAGCGUCCCACCAAGCGGGCCUGCGGACAUUCUGGCGCCAUUUGAGAAGGCUGCAGCGGCGGAUUUAUGUAUGGCCCCGUACAACUACACGAAGUCAAUGCCAGGAAAGAAGACAAUUGCACAGUUCAUUGAGUGCCUUCGCUCUUGGUUUACGUUACCAGAUGAUUGUGCUUCCGUCAUUGAGCGUGUCGCAAGCAUGCUCUUCCACUCCACUCUCAUGAUUGACGAUAUUGAGGAUGAUUCUACCCUCCGUCGCGGGAAGCCAACGGCGUAUCUUGUGUUCGGCAAGGCACAGACUGUCAACAGUGCGACAUAUCUCUACGCAAGAGCAACCCGAGAGCUCGAACAGCUGAAGCAUCCAGAGAGCAAGACAGCAUUCCUGGACGAAUUGGAGACGCUCGCGCUCGGGCAGGCCCUGGACCUGUACUGGAAAUUCCACAAGACCUGCCCAACGACAAGCGAGUACCUCACCAUGGUCGACAAUAAGACUGGAGGCUUCUUCAGGAUGGCUCUGCGCAUCAUGGAGCUCGAAUCGGGCGCCACUCCGUGCCCCGACCUGACGCACCUCGUCACACUAAUGGGGCGAUACUACCAGAUUCGAGACGAUUAUCUGAACCUAACAUCAGACGAGUACACCGGAACAAAAGGCUUCUGCGAGGACCUCUCCGAGGGCAAAUUCUCCUUCCCGCUCCUUCACGCGCUCCAAAACAGUGCUUCCGCGGACAUGAUUCGCGGACUGCUAUUCCAUCGGGAGAACGGUCGCGAGCUCUCGCCGGAUAUGAAGGCGUACAUUGUCGCUGAGAUGAAGAAGGCGGGCAGUCUGGCUCACACGCGCGAUACGGUGAUGCAGCUGCAUGAUGCGAUGAUGGAGACUCUGGACAAAGUCGAGGCGGCUCUCGGUCGUCCAAAUAAGCGUUUGAAGGCGUUUUUGCUUUGGUUGAAGCUCUGA